GGUUGGGCCGGUGCGCUCCUGUCUUGCCGCCCGGCGCCGGGGAAGGAGGCGCUUCGCUCCGGCGCUCCGCCUCCCCUCGCCCCCCACCCCGCCAGCCCAGCCCCGGUUCUGCGGAGCUGGGAGAAGCCGGAGCGGGGACCUGCCCCUCGUCGGAUCUGGCCCGCAGCCCCUCCCCGGGAGCGCGGCGAUGGCGACCCCCCGCUGAGAGGCGCUCCGGGAGCCCCCCCGACCCCCCUCCCUCUGCGCAGCUCGCCGCCAGCCCGGCUUUGUCUGCGGACUCCGCCGAUGGAAGCUGCAGGCAGCCGGCCUGGCCAGGGGGGGGUCCCUUGAGGGGCCCCUCCAAGCCCCGCCAGCCAGGCGCCGGGCCGCACGGAGACUGCGGGAGGCGCCCGGCCGUCCCCGCAACGCAGCCCCAAAGGAUGAGCCCUCCCCUCGGCUGAGCCCCAGCUGCACCCCUCAACCCCCCCUCAGGGCCUGAGCAGGGACGGUGUGUGCCAGUACCAUGGAAAAGCUCUUCCUGCCUCUCCUGAUGCUUGGCACCAUGGCAAAAGCACAGCACUGCCCCGGCCGUUGCAUCUGCCAGAACAUCUCCCCCACGCUGACCAUGCUGUGUGCCAAGACGGGCCUGCUCUUUGUCCCGCUCACCAUUGACCGGCGCACAGUGGAGCUCCGCCUGACUGACAACUUCAUCACUAUCAUCCGCCGCAAGGACUUCUCCAACAUGACCAACCUGGUGCACCUCACCCUCUCACGCAACACCAUCAGCCAGAUCUUGCCCUUCGCCUUCUCCGACCUGCGUGCCUUACGAGCCCUGCAUAUGAACAGCAACCGCUUGGCCAUCCUCAAGAACGAGCACUUCCGAGGACUCAGCAACCUGCGGCACCUCAUCCUCGGGAACAACCAAAUCAGCCACAUCGAGCCUUCCGCCUUCGACGAGUUCCUCUCCACUGUGGAAGACCUGGACCUCUCCUACAACAACCUGGAGAUGCUGCCCUGGGAGGCCAUUGGCCAGAUGGUGAGCCUCAACACCUUGACGCUGGACCACAACCUCAUCGACCACAUUGCCGAGGGCACCUUUUCCCAACUCCACAAGCUGGUGAGGUUGGACAUGACGUCCAACCGGCUGCAGAAGCUGCCCCCGGACAACCUCUUCCUGAGAGCACAAGUCCUGGCCAACGCUCGCGGGACUCACCCGUCCACCUUGACCAUCAGCUUUGGAGGGAACCCGCUGCAUUGCAACUGUGAGCUCCUCUGGCUCCGGAGGCUCACCAGGGAAGACGACUUGGAGACUUGUGCCUCCCCGGAGCACUUGAUGGACAAGUAUUUCUGGUCCAUCCCCGAGGAAGAGUUCAUCUGCGAGCCGCCGCUCAUCACCCGCCAGUAUUCCUCCAAGGCAUUCAUCAUGGAGGGCCAAGGGGUGAGCCUCAAGUGCAAAGCAGUGGGGGAUCCGGAGCCUUCCAUCCACUGGAUUGCCCCCGAUGGCAAGUUGAUCCACAACACCACCCGCACAAUGGUCUUCGACAACGGCACGCUGGAGGUUCUCAUCACCACCUUGAAGGACAACGGCAUCUUCACCUGCAUCGCCUCCAACGCUGCCGGAGAAGCCACAGCCCCCGUGGAGAUCUGCAUUGUCCCGCUGCCUCUGCUGGUCAACAACACAGGCCACAUGAAAGAACCCGACCCCGGCUCAUCGGACAUCACCACCUCCGCCAAAUCUGGAGCCAAUGACACGAAGAACCACCUGGACAAGAAGAUUGUAGCGGCCGAUCUGACGUCCACCUCUGUGGUCAUCCACUGGCCUUCGGAGCGGCACAUCCCCGGCAUCCGCAUGUACCAGAUCCAGUACAACAGCAGCCUGGAUGACUCUCUGGUUUACAGGAUGAUUCCCUCGUCCAGCAAGACCUUUCUGGUCAAUGACCUGGCAGCAGGCAGAGACUACGACCUGUGCGUCUUGGCUGUUUAUGACGACGGGGUGACGUCCCUCACGGCCACUCGGGUGGUGGGCUGUGUGCAGUUCACCACUGAAGGGGAGAGCACCCAGUGCCACUCGCUCCACACCCAGUUCCUGGGCGGGACCAUGAUCAUCAUCAUCGGGGGCAUCAUCGUGGCAUCUGUGCUGGUCUUCAUCAUCAUCCUCAUGAUCCGCUACAAGGUCUAUAGUGGCCAGGAUGAGCACAAGAAAGCCAAAGUCAGCAACGUCUACUCGCAGACCAACGGGAACCAGCCCCUCACAGCCACCCCAUUGCCCCUUUCAGCCUCCAAGGCUGGGGAGGACAAAUAUGAAACCUUCCAAGAAGUCAACUCCAAGGAAACUACAUUUGCCAGAGACACCAAGGAAGAUGCCCACAACAGCCAAGAUGCCACCUUGACGGAGGUGGAUAAGAGAGCUGCCAAGAAGGGGCCCGACCUCCAGACGGUGGCGAUCUUGACUUCCGAGGAAGGGCAAACAGAAAGCAGCAUGACCGGCUCAUCCAUUUCCUUGUGCCUCCUCAAGGACACCGGCAUGGGGCCACAGCUCCGUGCCAAGCUGAGCGGCAGCGGCCCAGGGGUCUUCCCCCGUGAGCUGUCCAGGACUCACCACCACCGACACUCAUUUGACGGGGAUUACUCCUUGUUCCAGAGUCACAGCUACCCCCGUCGAACGCGGACAAAAAGACACCUGUCCACCUCUCAGUUGAACUCGGAAGAGUGCCCCCUGAGUCAGAGGCGGGUCACUUUUAGCAGCACGGAAUGGAUGCUGGAAAGCACAGUGUGAAAUGUCGGGGGGGAGGGCAGGUUGGUGUCGGGUGGGACGGGAAACGGGACUGCCGGACGCACAAGCAGCUUGGGGCAAAGCAAAGAGGGAAGGAUGGCGGGAAGGUGGGAGCAAGCCGACUUGCUUGAGAGGACGGGGGUGGAUCCGGCACGUCCCCCAAUCUCUUUCCAAAACAACCGCUUGUUUCCGGGAUCUUCUGCAGCGGUGCCUUAGCCAAGCCACAAUAUUCAGAGACCAAGAGGGAUGGGACACCACUGGGGGGUUUUGAAAGGAAGAAGCGACUGGGUUUUCCAGUCGGGGGGGGGGGAGGGAGGACGGAAGUGGGUGGGGGUGGACAUGCAGUGCCAAAUGGUGCUGGGAUUGUGGGUGGGAGGGCUUGAGGGUGGGGUGGCCAAGGAGAGACACAUAUGCACAGAUGACACGAAAUUAAACAAAGAUCCUUUUUUCUCUUUAUGCAUUAAUAAGUGUUCCAAUAAAAAGGAGAUGCGUGCGGAGUUAUUUCAGGAGAAGACCGAGCAAAAAAAAAAAAGCCCGGUGGAGCUGGGGUGAUGGGACCAAAGGGGGGGGGGUCCCUUCCCACACGCUACCCCACCCCCAUCCGGGGACCCAACAAGACAAUUCAGUUACUCUAUUUAUUGUAUCUGGCUGGUCUAGAUAAAAUUUCUGUGUUCGGCGUGUUCAUUAUCCGGAAAGUCAUUUGACCCCCGUUUGACUCCCUUAAAUUCCCAUUGUAAUGCCUGUCCCCAAUCCCAUCCUCCCAACCAUACUUCCUCCAAAACCUUACAGCCCAUCUCUGCUGCCAGCCCCCCAACUUUGCUGUCUCCAUCCAGUCCUUGAAUAUACCCCAUCCCAUCUGAUCUGCCCCCAGCCAGCCAAAGCUGCAAGAAACGUCUCCUUCCCCUCCUCCUUGACCCUUCCCCAUGUCCCAGGAAAAAAAACCUUGUCCUAAAAUCCCAAACACACAACCCUAUACAUAUUUCCUAACCAAAUCAUGACUUUUUAAAAAGUCAAUCCCUCCCCCGAUGUUUGAGUGUUGACCACAAGUUUUUACAUUAAAAACCUGUGCCUGCCGUGCCCCCCCAGCCCGCCCCCCCAUUCCAUUCCUUCCUCUUCCAGCCCCACCCAGCCCCUCUUCCUCCAUAACAGGGUACGGCCGCUUUCAGGAGGUGAUUAAAUCUUUUGUGUGUGAACUGCA